AUGGAGGUACUUAUGGCAGAACGGGCCAAUCUAGUCUUUCACAAUAACGUGAUAGGUGGAACUGCCAUUAAACGACUUAUUAGCAGAUUAAUAGACCAUUUCGGAAUGGCAUAUACAUCACACAUCCUGGAUCAAGUAAAGACUCUGGGGUUCCGUCAAGCUACUGCUACAUCUAUUUCAUUAGGAAUUGAUGAUCUUUUAACAAUACCUUCUAAAGGAUGGCUAGUCCAAGAUGCUGAACAACAAAGUUCUAUUUUGGAAAAACAUAAUCAUUAUGGGAAUGUACAUGCGGUAGAAAAAUUACGCCAAUCCAUUGAAAUAUGGUAUGCUACAAGCGAAUAUUUGCGACAAGAAAUGAAUCCUAAUUUUAGGAUGACUGACCCCUUUAAUCCAGUCCAUAUAAUGUCUUUUUCAGGAGCUAGAGGAAAUGCAUCUCAAGUGCACCAAUUAGUCGGAAUGAGAGGAUUAAUGUCAGAUCCACAAGGACAAAUGAUUGAUUUACCCAUUCAAAGCAAUUUACGGGAAGGACUGUCUUUAACAGAAUAUAUAAUUUCUUGCUACGGAGCCCGUAAAGGGGUUGUGGAUACUGCUGUACGAACAUCAGAUGCUGGAUAUCUUACACGUCGACUUGUUGAAGUGGUUCAACACAUUGUUGUACGUCGAACAGAUUGCGGUACGAUUCGCGGGAUUUCUGUAAAUACCCGAAAUGGAAUGAUACCAGAAAGAAUUUUGAUACAAACAUUAAUUGGUCGUGUAGUAGCAGACGAUAUAUAUAUCGGUUCACGGUGCAUUGUCGUUAGAAAUCAAGAUAUUGGAAUUGGACUUAUCAAUCGAUUCAUAACUUUUCAAACACAACCAAUAUUUAUUCGAACCCCCUUUACCUGUAGGAAUACGUCUUGGAUCUGCCGAUUGUGUUAUGGGCGGAGUCCUAUUCAUGGGGACCUGGUAGAAUUGGGAGAAGCUGUAGGUAUUAUUGCUGGUCAAUCUAUUGGCGAACCGGGAACUCAACUAACAUUAAGAACUUUUCAUACUGGUGGAGUAUUCACAGGGGGUACUGCGGAAUAUGCGCGAGCCCCCUCGAAUGGAAAAAUAAAAUUUAAUGAAGAUUUAGUUCACCCUACACGUACACGUCAUGGAUAUCCUGCUUUUAUAUGUAAUAUAGACUUGUAUGUAACUGUUGAAAGUGACGAUAUUAUACAUAACGUGAUUAUUCCACCAAAAAGUUUUCUAUUAGUUCAAAAUGAUCAAUAUGUAAAAUCAGAACAAGUGAUUGCUGAGAUCCGCGCGGGAACAUCUACUUUUAAUUUGAAAGAAAGGGUUCGAAAACAUAUUUAUUCUGACUCAGAAGGGGAAAUGCAUUGGAGUACCGAUGUGUACCAUGCAUCCGAAUUUUUGUAUAGUAAUGUACAUAUCUUACCAAAAACAAGUCAUUUAUGGAUCUUAUCAGGAAAGUCGUGCAGGUCUGAUACAAUCCAUUUUUUACUUCGCAAGGAUCAAGAUCAAAUUAACAUUGAUUCUCUUUCUACUGGAAAAAGAAAUAUUUCUAAUCUUUUAGUAAGUAAUGAUGAAGUAAAACUCAAAUUAUUAAGUUUGAAGACCUUUGGUACAAAAGAAAAGGGGAUUAGCAAUUAUUCAAUAUUGAAUCAAAUGAUAUGUACGGAUCAUUCUCAUUUAAUGUAUCCUGCUAUUUUUCACGAUACUUUUUAUUUAUUGGCCAAAAGACGAAGAAAUCGAUUUCUUAUUCCAUUCCAAUCGAUUCAAGAACGAAAGAACGAACUAAUGCGCCCUUUUGGUGUUUCCAUUGAAAUACCUAUCAAUGGUAUUUUUCAUAGAAAUAGUAUUUUUGCUUAUUUCGAUGAUCCUCAAUACAGAAGACAGAAUUCAGGAAUUACUAAAUAUAGAACUGUAGGAAUUCAUUCCGUUUUUCAAAAAGAAGAUUUCAUUGAGUAUCGAGGAAUCAAAGAAUUAAAGCCAAAAUACCAAAUCAAAGUAGAUCGAUUUUUUUUUAUUCCCGAAGAAGUGCAUAUUUUACCCGAAUCUUCUUCCAUAAUGGUACGGAAUAAUAGUCUCGUUGGAAUAGGAACACCAAUCACUUUCAAUAUAAGAAGUCGAGUAGGCGGAUUGGUCCGAUUAGAAAAGAAAAAAAAAAAAAUCGAAUUAAAAUUAUUUUCUGGAAAUAUCCAUUUUCCCGGAGAGAGGGAUAAGAUAUCCCGACACAGUUCUAUCUUGAUACCACCCGGAACGGUAAAAAAAAAACGGAAGGAAUCAAAAAAAAUUAAUAAUUGGAUCUAUGUCCAAUGGAUCGCAACUACCAAGAAAAAGUAUUUUGUUUUGGUUCGACCUGUAAUUUUAUAUGAAAUACCGGACAGUAUCGAUUUUAUAAAACUUUUUCCCCAAGAUCUAUUCCAGGAAAGGGAUAAUCUGGAACUCAAAGUUGUCAAUUAUAUUCUUUAUGGAAAUGGAAAAUCCAUUCGGGGAAUUUCCGACACAAGGAUUCAAUUAGUUCGGACUUGUUUAGUCUUGAAUUGGGAUCAAGGCAAAAAAAGUCCUUCUAUUGAGGAGGCCCCCUCUUCCUUUGUUGAAGUAAGUACAAACGGUUUGAUUGAGUAUUUUCUAAGAAUUGACUUAGUAAAAUCGAAUACUGCAUAUAUCAGAAAAAGAAAUGACCCAUCUGGUUUAGGAUUGAUCGCGGAUAAUGAAUCGGAUCGGAUCAAUAUCAAUCCAUUUUUUUCCAUUCAUUACAAGGCAAAAAUUAAAAAAUCACUUAGCCAAAAUCACGGAACUAUUCGUAUGUUGUUGAAUAGAAAUAAGGAAUGCCGAUCUUGGAUAAUUUUGUCAUCAUCUAAUUGUUUUCAAAUAAGACCAUUCAACAAUGUUAAAUAUCACAAUGGGAUAAAAAAAAAUCCUAAAAUUCCAAUUAAUAAUAAUAAUUCAUUAGGUCCUUUAGGAAUAGCCCGUCAAGUUGGAAAUUUUUAUUCACUUUACCAUUUAAUAACUCAUAAUCAAAUAUCAAUAAUGAAAAAUUUCCAACUUGACAAAAUAACGGAAAUUUUUCAAGUAAUUAAAUAUUAUUUAAUGGACGAAAAUGAUAAAAUUUUUAAACCCGAUCUAGACAGUAAUAUCGUUUUGAAUCCAUUCCAUUUGAAUUGGUAUUUUCUCCAUCAUUAUUAUUGUGAAAAAACGUUUACAAUAAUUAGUCUUGGACAAUUUAUUUGUGAAAAUAUAUGUAUAGCUAAAAUGAAAAAUGGACCACAUCUAAAACUAAAAUCGGGUCAAGUUAUAACUGUUCAAAUGGAUUCUGUAAUAAUAAGAUCGGCUAACCCAUAUUUGGCGACUCCAGAAGCAACCAUUCAUGGCCAUUAUGGAGAAAUCCUUUAUCAAGGAGAUAUUUUAGUUACAUUCAUAUAUGAAAAAUCGAGAUCCAGUGAUAUAACACAAGGUCUUCCAAAAGUGGAACAGAUAUUAGAAAUACGUUCGAUUGAUUCAAUAUCGAUGAAUCUCGAAAAAAGAAUUGAUGCUUGGAAUGAGUGUAUAACAAGAAUUCUCGGCAUUCCUUGGGGAUUCUUGAUUGGUGCUGAGCUAACUAUAGCGCAAAGUCGUAUUUCUUUGGUUAAUAAAAUCCAAAAGGUUUAUCGAUCCCAGGGAGUACACAUCCAUAAUAGACAUAUCGAAAUUAUUGUGCGUCAAAUAACAUCCAAAGUCUUGGUUUCAGAAGAUGGAAUGUCUAAUGUAUUUUUACCCGGUGAAUUAAUUGGAUUAUUGCGAGCAGAACGAACUGGGCGUGCCUUGGAAGAAGCAAUUUGUUACCGAGCUUUAUUAUUGGGAAUAACAAAAACAUCUCUGAAUACUCAAAGUUUCAUAUCCGAAGCGAGUUUUCAAGAAACUGCUAGAGUUUUAGCAAAAGCCGCUCUUCGGGGUCGUAUUGAUUGGUUGAAAGGUCUUAAAGAGAAUGUUGUUUUAGGGGGAAUGAUACCCGUUGGUACCGGAUUCAAAAGAAUAAUGCACCGUUCACGGUCAAGGCAAUAUAACAAAAUUACCUUGAAAAAAAAAAAAUUAUUCGAAGUAGAAAUUCGAAAUCUUUUGUUCCAUCACAGAAAUUUAUUUGAUUCUUUUCAUUUCAAAUAA